UAAGUAAAUAUUAUCGCUUAGCGGUCACAGUUCGUUGUCUUGGAUCGGAUUCGCAUCAUCCAGACCAACGCAUGCGGCCAUGACCUAAAUCCCAAAGUCGCCCCAACCUCUCCCUCCCGAAUCCGAUUUCCCCAAAGAGGGAAAUACGCAAAACCCUAACAAAUUUUUUUCCCUCAAUACUUCCAACUAUGGAUCUCUCCUCCCUUCCCGAAGCCCAGCAGCAACAGCUUCAUCAACUCCAUCAACAGUUCCAAGAACAUCAGCUUCAACAACAACAACAACAACAACAACAGCAGCAGCUUCAGCAGCAGCAACAACAGCAGCAGCAACAGGUAGAUUACGUGUCGUCUCAGGUUCAAACCUACGAUCCGUCUCAGGUUCAAGCCUACGAUCAGUCAAGCUAUUACUCAUACUAUCAUCAAUACCAGCCACAGCAGAAUCAGUCGCAGCAACAACAACAGCAACAGCAACAACAUCAGUACCCUUAUUAUCAGCACGAUUAUGCCAAUGCGUACCCGCAGCAGCCGCAUCAGCAGCCUUCCCAGCCUGAAUCGGUCCCGGUCCAGCCACCCGGGGUUCCUAUGCCGCACGAGGUGGCAGCGCCGGCAGCUGCGGGGGUCAUGGACAGCGGCGCCUCUGCGGGGGUGCCACAUGGGCAGGUUCAGGUGCAGCAUCAGCAGAAUGCGUAUUAUCCGCAGGGUACGGGGGAGCAGCAGAUUCCCCCAGGGCUGAAUCCUGCAGCAGCAGCGGCAGUGGCCGCGUUGUCCCAGCUGUCGCAGUUUGCCGGAACAAUGGACGCGGCUGAGCGAGCCAUGGCCGGGUUGCAGGGGCGGCAAUGGCAACCAAAGGCAGGGGGCUAUGGGCCGAUGAUGGGGCCUGGUGCUGGGCCAUUUCCGAUGCCUGGGCCGAUGCAUGGACCUGGUCCAAUGCGCCCACCGGUUGGUCGGCCUUCAUACAGGGGUGGUGGUAGAAGGGGUGGUGGACCAUUUAGGGGUGGUGGUCGUGGAAACUUUGGCCCUCCAAAUCCCAGAUCAGGUGGCUCGGGUCCACCUUUUCGUGGGAGAGGGAGAGGAAGGGGUCAUGGUCGGGGUGGUUCAAAGCGCUUCCCAUCACAUGGUGCAUCAACAUCUUCUCAACUGGGCCCACCUACCGCUGAAGAUGGAGGAUCGACUGAAGAGGAGGAUGAAUCCGCACCAGCUGUAGGCGAGGAGACACCUCAAGAGGCAGUAUCUGAACUAGCAUCAGGGAAGGCAGCUUCAAACAAGCGACCUCCACAGGCUGUGUGGUGUGAACUGUGUAGGGUUGAUUGCACGAGUAUGGAAAUUCUUGAGCAGCACAAGAAUGGAAAGCGGCAUAAAAAGAACCUGCAGAGGUUAGAAGAGUCAAAAAAUGCUAACAAACCAAUAGCUGAAGCUCAGACUGAGCAAAAUCCUCUAGCUGACUCCAAGCCAGAAGUCACUUUGCAGCCUGACAAUAACCAGGAAAGUGAAGAGACCAAUCAAACCCUUCCAGAAGGUUUGCCUGCCGAAGCUGAUUCAAAAGAAGUUCAGACAGAAACUGAGCAGCAAAAUGAUACAGCGGAACAAGCUGAAAUCCCUCAGGAGCAGCUCUCCGAUUCACAAGUGAAGAAACCUUGGGUGGAUCAGUCUGAUAGCUGGCGUCGUGGCAUGAAGCGCAAGAUGAGAGGUGGUCGGGGAGGGAAGCGUAUGAGAACUUUUGAUGCACCCAGGCGACCAAUGGAACCUCCGAAACCUAAAGUGGUUAUUCCCCUAAUCUGUGACUUGUGCAAUGUCAAGUGUGACACACAGGAGAUCUUUGACCGCCAUCUUGCUGGUAAAAAGCACAUUUCUAAGCUUAAACGUUUUGAAGGUCAUCAAGCAAUGUAUGGUCCAAUGGGGCUUAAGGCCCUUUACCCGCCUAACCCAAUUGCACAAGCUCUUUUUCUUCCCCAGGGUCCUCCACAGGCGUUAUAUGGUCCUCAAGCAUCAUUCCCCCCGCCAGGGGCUUAUAUGCCUCCACAAGCUCACCAAGCAGCGCUGCCACCAGCUGCAGGUUCAGAUGCUCGAUUUCAACAAAAUGCCCAAUUUCAACAAAAUCCCAUGCCUCAAGGUUUGGAAACUUAUGUAUAUGGUAGCCAGACUGCUACUACAAUGGUACCUGAAGCUCAGUGGCAGCCAGUGGCAGCAGAUGCAGAAGCCAAGCAAGCUGUGAUCGUAAAGACAAACCCAGUAAAUGGUAUUUCAGAGCCUCAGAUUACAGGAUUCAAUCCUCCUGUGGAUAAUGGUGGAGGAGCUGAGCAUGCUAUUCCAGUGGCCCCUGAAUCUGCUGCUCCUGCCACCGGUUAUGGAGCCACUGUCGAUCAUUUCAACUUGCCAGUACUUGACAUGCAAGCAAAGGAAGGGGCAGCUGAGUAAGGGUCUGGCUACACACCUCGUGCUCUUCUUAGGUUUGAUCUGCUAAUUGGAACUCUUUGCAUUUCCCCUUCCUGGCCCUGUAGUAUGUUUUUUAUUUUAUUUAUUUAUUUUUGAGUGUUUUAAUUCAGUUAAAUUUAUGUUAAAUACCAACUCUUUCAUCUCUCAAUUCUGAAACUCUGGUUUAGUUAUUACAGAGGAGACUUCUGGCUAA